GGUUGCUUGCACUUCAGUAGUUCUCUCGCUCUUGCUCUCCAUACUCGCCUACUAAAAGUUCCUCCGAAAGCUGGCUCUACUGUAGGUAAACAUCUCAUCCUCUUACACCGUUAAAUUCCAAACUGUAUACCAACCCGAGUCUCUGGAUUUUCUUCCGUGAGUGUCAGAUCAUAAAGAGAAAGGAAAAGAGGCACAGAAAGCUACCAACUUCGCAGACAUGACCACUCAGAAGACCAGACCGUUUCUGCUGCUGAUGAUGAUGGUGGCAAAUGCUCUCGUGGUCACUGCUCACACUGAAGACUUGAUAUGCUUAGACCCGAGGAAAUCCACAAAAUCCAGUCCCGCCACCGUCCUCUUGUCUCAGGAGCCUCAGCAGCCAGCCAAGAGCAUUCGCUUCACCGCUCCUGAAAGUGACACAAUAUGGGAUACAAAAUUUGUUUUUGUAAACUUGUAUGACAAAAAAAUUACUCCCCUCAUUAAUAUGGAAAUUAAGAAAACUAGAUCCGGUGCACACUUUUACCCUCUGAGAGUGUACACAGCAAUAUCAACACAAACGAUAAUGAACCACCGAUUAGGGAGCAAGUGGUUGGAUAACGGCGGACAGGCGACCAUGUAUGUUAACAACAACAUGUCAUCAAUGACCUUCAUCUUCCAAAACCCCAGUGAGCAUGACAAAAAGCUCGUUAUUGAACUAACAGAUCCAGAGAUUAAAGACAUUGACGCUGUGAAGGUGGUUGGGAAACUAGAGGUGGAGUCGUGUUCGGAUCCUGAGGUCCCAGAAACUACAACGACAACAACUACUUCCACCACAACACCGAGGCCUUCUACAGCCGCCACCACAACCACUACGACCACCACUACUACUCCCCUCCCCACUACUACUCCCCUCCCCACCACAACUCCUGUCCCCACCACAACUCCCGUUACUACUACCACCACCACAACCACUACAGCUUCUACCACCUCUGCCACAACUUCAGGCUUCACCACUACUGACACAUUCCUCACCACUGAGAGCGAAUCCCCACACAUUGAGCCUGUGAUAGGGCUGGGUGGCAACGCAGAAUGCAAAGUUGUGCCAGUGUGGGCGUGGGCGUGUGCGGGCCUGGCAGUGGUGUUCUUCUUGUUCAUCUUAGGACUCAUGGCCUAUUGCAUCAUCCUACAAAAGCGCAGUUGGAGAAUUGAUACUCUAACAAGAAAUAACUCAGGAGGGUUUGGAUUGUCGGCCCAAGAGAUGCACUAUUAUGAGAUGAAGAAUCCAAACCUAAUGGUUGGAAACACUGUCCCGCGAAUCAAAACUCCCCGUCCGUCGCCCUCCCCAGGACGUUCACCCUGCAACAGUACCUACCGCCUAUCCGACAACAAGCCAUUUGAUCCCACCCCGACACCCAACACUCUCAGUCUUCCUCCUCCAGACCUGGGGGACUCCAAGUGUAGCACUCCACCUCCUGAAAUGAAAUCAAGUGACACACAAGUUUCCUCCUCCCGUGAUGAAUUGUGCCUCAGUGACGAGCUUAAUGUUUGAGUUUUGGUGGGCGCUGGCAAGCUGCCAUGAAGAAUAUUACAGAUCUAGAUAUCUUUUAUGGCUCUCUCAAGUAUUUAAGUGAAAACACUGUAAGAUCAGAUAUCAUUACUGCCUUUUGUUUCUGAUUACAUACCUGAGUGAGGAAAAUCUGUCGUUGCAGACAUGAAAGACCAAUUACUGUGCCAAAUGAUUUCACAAACAAAAUUAUUUCUCAGAAUCUCUCUCUCUCUCUCUCUCUCUCUCUCUCUCUCUCUCUCUCUCUCUCUCUCUCUCUCUCUCUCUCUCUCUCUCUCUCUCUCUCUCUCUCUCUCUCUCUCUCUCUCUCUCUCUCUCUCUCUCUCUCUCUCUCUCUCUCUCUAUAUAUAUAUAUAUAUAUAUAUAUAUAUAUAUAUAUAUAUAUAAUGUUAAAAGAAGGGGAUAAAGACGUACACACAAAAAAGAAAGAAAUGUGAAAAAAGUUUAUGCGCUCUUUUAGUUGUGAUAAAAGAGUGUUAGUGCUCAAACUUUUGUCAUAAGAAACAGAGCACUAUUAGAGUAACUCCCAUUGAAUUUAAUAUUUCAGUGAAUAUUUUUUUGUAUAUAGCAAUCCUUACCUGAGUGACUGUGUAAUUGAAUAAACAUAUCGCUUUUAUUGUGAGGGUAAUACAAGAGACAGACAGGAAUGUCUAUUGUAUUUUUACUGUUGAUUUUAAUGCCCAUCAUGUUGAUUGGGUAAAUUUUCAACACCCACUUAGUGUUGUGGUUAUGCUACCCAUGAUUAUUCUUGCUUCUCUGCUUGUGCGCCUACCUGUGCUUCAUCUCCUUUUUUUUUUUUUAUUCCUAGUAUUUAAUGGAUACUUUGUUUCCUCUGAUCACAGUUCUUUGUGAAAAUUGAGGUUUAGUUGAAUCUAUCCAUAUAUAUAUUGUUUAUUUUAUUAAGUUUACUAAUUAAAUUAAAGAUUAUCUUUGACUUUACCAAAAAAAUGUAUCUUUUUA